GAAAAGGAUGCCACGGAAGCUGUUGUUGCCUUAUAAAUCUGUUUUUUCUCACUUUCGAGCUCCACGGGGGCUGCAUGACUCUUUGGCGAUGAACGCGGCCAGAAGUGGCUAUCGGGUCUUCUCGGCCAACUCCACGGCAGCCUGCACCGAGCUGGCGAAGAGGAUCACGGAGCGUCUCGGUGCUGAGCUGGGGAAAUCUGUGGUGUACCAGGAAACCAAUGGAGAAACAAGAGUUGAAAUAAAAGAAUCUGUCCGGGGACAGGAUAUCUUCAUUAUACAGACAAUCCCCAGAGAUGUGAAUACUGCUGUCAUGGAGCUGCUGAUAAUGGCGUAUGCACUGAAGACUUCCUGUGCCAGGAACAUCAUUGGGGUCAUCCCUUACUUCCCGUACAGCAAACAGAGCAAAAUGAGGAAGAGGGGCUCUAUAGUCUGCAAGUUGCUGGCUUCAAUGCUCGCCAAGGCAGGUUUAACACACAUUAUCACUAUGGAUCUUCAUCAAAAGGAAAUUCAAGGCUUCUUCAGCUUCCCAGUAGACAAUCUGAGAGCAUCGCCUUUCCUGCUUCAGUAUAUACAGGAAGAAAUUCCAGAUUACAGAAACGCAGUUAUUGUAGCCAAAUCUCCUGAUGCAGCUAAAAGGGCUCAGUCUUACGCUGAGAGACUACGACUGGGACUAGCAGUGAUCCACGGAGAGGCUCAGUGUACAGAGCAGGACAUGGAUGACGGACGUCACUCCCCUCCAAUGGUCAAAAAUGCAACUGUCCAUCCUGGUCUGGAGCUACCGUUGAUGAUGGCCAAGGAGAAACCGCCAAUAACUGUGGUUGGAGAUGUUGGAGGAAGAAUUGCCAUCAUUGUGGAUGACAUCAUCGAUGAUGUGGAAAGCUUUGUAGCUGCUGCAGAGAUCCUGAAAGAGCGCGGAGCCUACAAGAUUUUUGUGAUGGCUACUCAUGGGCUCCUGUCAGCAGAUGCCCCCCGUCUCAUAGAAGAGUCCUCCAUCGAUGAGGUGGUAGUAACCAACACAGUUCCUCAUGAGGUACAGAAGCUGCAGUGCCCCAAGAUAAAGACUGUGGAUAUCAGUUUGAUUCUCUCUGAAGCCAUCCGACGAAUCCACAAUGGCGAGUCCAUGGCCUAUCUCUUUCGCAACAUCACUGUCGAUGACUAGACCUGGCACUGCCCCUGUCCUGGCUUCCACAAGAGAAGGAAAUAUGCAUGAAAAGGCAAUACCAUAAAUUAUAGGCAUAAUGCAACUGUUUAUUCUUGUAGGAGCAUGAAGGUUUCCAGGGUCUUGAGCCAUGAGAUCUAACAGAGAAAAAAAAAUCAACCUGAAAUCAACCUGACCAGCACUUUACAAGUGAAUAGAAGAGGCCACUGGCAGUGGAGAGGAUUACAUCUUAGUUAAGAGAGGUGGAGAAAAGAGGUGGUGUUGAAUUGUUAAGUUCCUUUAAUUUUUUUUUUUUAGUGUGUUAUCUCUUGCCCUGUAGAGGGGGAAAGAA